AUGAGAAAAAGGUCAUCUUCGGACAGACAAAUCCCCUCCAAGUCCAUCUCUACCUUUCUUUACCGGAGACUUUACCAGUGUGAUUUCUACCGCCAGCUUGGAUUUGGAAAACAGCCAUUUAAAAAGCCUGCCCGUCGGCCCCGGGGUAGGCAGAUUCCUGAAUUGGAGUCGGCGGGGCAGAGAGGAUUUGCGGUCAGGCUGCUGAUGCUGCGCGUGGAACUCUGGGCGCUGGCCCUUGCGCCAGCUGCCUUUCCUCCUUCUGUCUGGGCCUCAGUUUCCUUCUCUGCGGAAGGAGUUGAAUUCACAUCUCUGCCAAUCGGUGGUGCAAACAAGAUCCUCUGCGCCACAGGUCUCUUCGCUGAUGGGCGUGGAAAGGUAGGAGAGGAGGGUGUCUCCGAGAGGAACGCUCCCACAAGCCCGCCCAGAGCCGGGACUGCAGCCCAGGAGCCGGGGCCCCGCCGCCUCCUCACCGCGAUCCUGGACUUUCUCCUGCCACCGGAGCCGGCUUCCACGUGUGUCCUGGAGCCGGCGUCUUCGCACACGCUCCGCUCUGGACCUGGGUGUCUUCAGCAGCCUGAGCAUUUGGGGAUCCGGGGCCCGGGUGGCAUCUGGGCCAAGUUAGGCGUGGCCGAGUCCAGCACCGAACGUCUGCAAGACCGGAGGAGCCGCGGCGCGUCCGGGGCAGAGCUGCCUCCGCCACCACCCCCGCCGCCGCCGCCUCACUCCUUCAUCAAACAGGAGCCGAGCUGGGGCGGUGCGGAGCCGCACGAAGAGCAGUGCUUGAGCGCCUUCACCGUCCACUUCUCCGGCCAGUUCACCGGCACAGCUGGAGCCUGUCGCUACGGACCCUUCGGUCCUCCUCCGCCCAGCCAGGCGUCCUCCGGCCAGGCCAGGAUGUUCCCCAACGCGCCCUACCUGCCCAGCUGCCUCGAGAGCCAGCCCGCGAUUCGAAACCAGGGAUACAGCACAGUCACCUUCGACGGGACGCCCAACUAUGGUCACACGCCCUCCCACCACGCGGCGCAGUUCCCCAACCACUCCUUCAAGCACGAGGACCCCAUGGGCCAGCAGGGCUCGCUGGGUAAGCAGGCGGGGAUGAUCAGUGACAAUUUAUACCAGAUGACCUCCCAGCUUGAAUGCAUGACCUGGAAUCAGAUGAACUUGGGAGCCACACUAAAGGGAGUUGCUGCUGGGAGCUCCAGCUCAGUGAAAUGGACAGAAGGGCAGAGCAACCAUGGCACAGGGUAUGAAAGCGAUAACCACACCACGCCCAUCCUCUGUGGCGCCCAGUACAGAAUACACACCCACGGUGUCUUCAGGGGCAUUCAGGACGUUCGGCGCGUGCCCGGAGUAGCCCCGACUCUUGUCCGUUCGGCAUCUGAGACCAGUGAGAAACGCCCCUUCAUGUGUGCUUACCCGGGCUGCAAUAAGAGAUAUUUUAAGCUGUCUCACUUACAGAUGCACAGCCGGAAGCACACUGGUGAGAAACCAUACCAGUGUGACUUCAAGGACUGUGAGCGAAGGUUUUCUCGUUCAGACCAGCUCAAAAGACACCAAAGGAGACACACAGGUGUGAAACCAUUCCAGUGUAAAACUUGUCAGCGAAAGUUCUCCCGGUCCGACCACCUGAAGACCCACACCAGGACUCAUACAGGUGAAAAGCCCUUCAGCUGUCGGUGGCCCAGUUGUCAGAAAAAGUUCGCCCGGUCAGACGAAUUAGUCCGCCAUCACAACAUGCACCAGAGAAACAUGACCAAGCUCCAGCUGGCACUUUGAGGGGUCCAACCCAGGGACAGAGCUGUGUCCCAGGCAGGACAGUGUGGGAACUGCUUUCCAAUCUGACUUUAAAAAUCCCUCCUCACUCACCUCUCUAAGAAGGAAAUGCCAGUUCGCCUUCAUCCAGCUUCCAAGACAAGAUGCGUGUACUACUGGAUCCCACCAGGUCUCCCCGGAGAAGGUGGCCUCCACUCUGCCAACUUGUAGUUGACUCACAAAGCCCCAGAGAGGUGGCCAACGACAUACAUCGCCGUUUGGUCUGGAUUUCCCAGUGUAAGAAGAGCCAUUGCUGAGAAGGUUCCCCCACCCUCUUCUUUUACGCUCAUUUUCACUGGGAAUGGAGUCAUUGUACCAUUUUCCAUCAUAGAAUAUUUAUAGGCCAGGGCAUGUGUAUGUGUCUGCUAAUGUAAACUUUGUCAUGGUUUCCAUUUACUAACAGCUAUAGCAAGAAAUAAAUCAGAGAGCAGGGCCCUGGGGGUGAGACCCGUCCGACAGUGCGGAGGUUAGGCAGGCUGCUGUGUGCUGCCAGGCAACUUUUAAAGCUCGUGUGUUUCAAGCAGCUGAAAAAAGAAUCAGAACUAAAUAGCAACUCUGUAGAGAAAUAUGAAAGAAUAUUACCAUUCAGUUAAUUCAAUGUUAACAUUAACACAAUGCUCUUAAGACACCGUGUUUGAAGAUCUGAGAUUUUGGUUUUGUGUUCAUUUUUGACUUUUUGAAUUGUAGUCAUAUGCGUCUUCAGAGAUGUACAUAUCUCCUCCACAAAGGAAGUGGAAUUCAUUUUUAUCAUGUGGGGUGUCCUUAGAGUCCUUCAAGUGUAUAGGCUACGCUGGUUAUGUGGCUUCAAGUUGUAAAAAUUAAAGCGACUCAAAAAGAAAUAGGGCUGAUCUGAGAUCUCACUGAUAAGACUGUUCUUAAGUAACUUAAGUAACUUUGGAUCUACAAGUAUAUGUGCAAAAAAUGAUACUUACUAGGGUGAGGAAAUCCAUUGUUUAAAGGUAAUUGGAUGUGUGUGAUUUUUUUUUUUUGGAUUUUUAAGGGAGGGAGUUUAUUAUUUACUGUUGCUUGAAAUUAUUGUGUAAAUAUAUCUAUCUGAUAAUGAUUUGCUCUUUGACAACUAAAGUUAGGAAAUGUAUAAACGUUAGAUGCAUCACUGUCUCGGUGUUGAUCUUACAACGUAUGGAUAACACUAAAAAUGUAACCUGCAUUUUUUCACUUCGCUCUCAAUUAAAGUCUAUUCAAAAGGAAAGUGGCAAGAUUCUAUCAGCCCUAUUGAGCUCAAACCUUUGAGCCUCUUUUAAAUAGGUAAGAAGAUACCGCCGACAUCGA